AUGUCUCUUACUAAGCCGGCCGCUCUUUUUAGCGUCCUUGCCCUCCUUUCCAAAGUCCAGGCCCAUGGCCAUGUGACUGGCGUUGUUGCCGGUGGCGAGUGGUACUCUGGCUAUAUCCCCAGCUUUGUCUUCCAGAAGCCCCCACCAGUUGUUGCCGGUUGGACUACGAACGACGUCCUGGACAAUGGCUUUGUCAGUGAUUACAACUCUCCUGACAUCAUCUGCCAUAAGGGUGCUUCUCCCGGCGGUGCUUAUAUCCAGGUUGCUGCUGGUUCAAGCGUUGAGCUCCAGUGGACUGACUGGCCAGAGUCUCAUCAUGGCCCAGUCAUGGACUUCCUCGCUGCCUGCGGUGAUGACUGCGCUACCGUCGACAAGACCCAACUCCUUUUCAAUAAGAUUGACGAGGCUGGCCUUAUCGAAUAUAUCGAUUCUCCGGGAAGAUGGGCCUCGGACGAACUGAUUGCCAACAAUAACUCCUGGACGGUCACAAUUCCUUCCAACAUUGCCCCUGGCAAAUACGUCCUCCGCCACGACACCAUCGCUCUCCAUUCCGCGUUUGAUGUUGGUGGCUCACAAGCGUACCCUCAAUGCUUCAACCUCGAGAUCACUGGCUCUGGCUCGAACACACUCUCCACUGGAACACUGGGAACCGAUCUCUAUAACGACGAAGACCCUGGCAUCCACCUUUCCAUCUAUUAUCCCAAGUUGACCUCGUAUGUUAUUCCCGGCCCGCCCUUAAUUGAUGGAUUUUCAGACACUCAACCUGCACCAAGCUCGUCCAUCACCUCGCAAGCAAGCACCUCUGCCAGUACCACCAAGGCUUGGGGUAUUGAUAUUACUACAAGUGUGACUGCACCGACUCAAGUCGUCUCAAACAGUGCGAUUGCCUCGAGUUCCACUACAGGCCAACCAAGUAAACCUGAGACAUCCGCACCUUCCGAGCCUGCGACCUCUCAAGCUCCUCCCCCUUCUCCACCAGCGAACACUGAUCGCCCAGAGGGCGGCAACGGAGGUAAUGGAGGCAACCCUAACAACGGGGGGAACCCCGGCCCAGGCGCCGGUCAGCCCACCAGCCCAGUCUCAUUCACCAGCACCGUGACCGGUCGCAUCGGCAAACCAACUAAAUUCACUUGCUACAUUGAUGAAGACUAG